AUGAUUAAAGCAAUAUAAUUGUAAAAUCAUUUCACUCUAAUUAUAAACUAUUUGUUAAUCUUAACACAUUUUGAUGUAGAGUAGGUAAAAUUAAACCUUUAUCAUAUAUGUCAUGUUGAGAAUGUGCUACAGAUUUAGACUAAUAUUCUUUAAAAAUUAAUACAAAUAGGUGUAAAAUUAGGGAUGAAUAAACUACUAUAAACGUUACUUCUUUUUAAUUAAAUCUAAGAAAAGUAUUUAAUUAGUCUAUUAAUUUAGAGAUUUUGGAGACCUUAUUUUGAUAACAAUUUAAUUGAUGAAUGCUAUAACUUGAAAGAGAAUUGUUUUGGAUAAUGGGAUUAUGGAGAUAACUCCUGCUUUUUAGAUGAUAUAGGAUCAUUGUGUGAGUAAUGUGAUAUUCAAAACAUUAGAGGAAAAGGAAAAUAUUCAAGCGCUUAAUAAUAUACAUGUAGAUCUUGUGAAAAUAUUAGAUUUAAUUUACUUUAAAUUAUUGGAUUUAGUAUUUGGUAAUUUAUAUGAUUAUUAUUUAAGGUCUCUAAUAACUAUCAUUCCUAGAGUUAAAGGGGAAAUAACAACUCAAUAUUAUUUUCUAGAAUCUCCUUACUUAAUUAAUAUAUUUACUAAUUAUAUAUAAAUUAUAAGUUCUUUAACAACACUCAAAUUAGCCAGUUAUUUGUAUUGUUUAAAUGGAGUUGGGACUCCGAUACAAAGAAUUUCCUCUUCAAUGGAUUCUUUUUUAAGUAUAAAAUUAUUAUAUUUCAUUAGUUAUUUAAUUUUUAUUAAAAUGA